AUAAAUACAAAAAAAAAAAAAAAAUAAAAAACAAAAAUAAUAAUCAAUUAUUAUUAAUGAAUAUUCAGCAUAUUGUCGCUUACGUUACUGGAGGCGCGAACGGUAUUGGAAAAGCAUGUGCGGAGAAAAUUUUUCAACAAGGUGGUAAAGUAGUGGUAGCUGAUAUAUCUUGUAAUGGAGCUAAAGUUGUCGAGAAUAUGGGUGAUAAAGCUAUAUUUACGUGUACCGACGUAAGUUCAAUUGCUCGUAAGAAUUUUAUACAUACAAUACCUUAAUCGCUAUCGCUAUCGUCGAACAAAAUAAUAUAGUAAAUAUAUUCUUAACUUUCCAAGUUAUCUUUUCUUCGAGAUUUCUCUUCCCGUAUACAUUCACCAUUUGACAUUCUGUAUCUCAAAAGCAACAAACAUUUGUAUUACGAAUUACACUCGAUAAAGAUAAUCGAUCAAAUAUAUGAUGGUUUCAAUAGGUGAGAUUAGAGAAGGAUGUGAUAGACAGCAUGAAAUGCGUGAAGGAGAAAUUCGGGGGUGUAAACGUGUUGAUUAACUCGGCCGGUGUCCUUGGAUACGAGACAAUAAUUGAUUACAAGACAAAGAAACCGCAUUCCGUCGACUUGUACCGAUGCAUCUACGACACUAACGUUUGGGGUCUUUUCAACGUGACACGUUUAUUAGCUCCUAUGAUGGCGGAGAACAAGCCCGAUGAAAAUAAACAGAGGGGAGUGAUUAUAAAUCUUUCGAGCAUGAUGGCGUACGAUCCUCCAGCCGGUUUAGUUGCUUAUGGCUCUUCGAAAUCCGCCGUUUCUGGAAUGACGAUGCCGUUGGCCAGAGGGCUCGCGAUGAAAGGAAUUCGGGUUAUUAGCAUAUGCCCUGGUUACAUAGACAGUCCCAUGACAGCUCCACAAAAACCACCCGAAAGAGCGAAAUGGAUAAGAAUGAAGUUAUCACCGAAACGUUAUGGGACUUGCGAAGAAGUUGCCCAUCUAAUCCAAGCUUGUAUCGAAAAUCCAUUAAUAAACGGUGAGAAUAUACGCAUAGACAUGGGCUUCAGACACAACCAGAUAGAAGAUUCGGAACCAUCAUUCGCUUGUUAA